UCUUGACUAUAAAAGAUGAAGAGCCUACUUUUUCUGGUGCUGAUUUUUUUCUGCUGGGUUGAGCAUCAUGCUGCUAACUUCACUCUGGAGCAUGAUAGAAUAAUUCACAUCCAUGAAAAUGAACCUCACCUUCUUGUGAAAGCAGAACAAACCAAAAUCUUUUCGCAUCGUGGUGGCAGUGUUACUCUGCCAUGUAAAUUUUAUCGUGACAAUACAUUACCUGUCUCAGGAUUCCAUAGAGUUCGUGUCAAGUGGACCAAACUCACUUCAGAUUACCUCAAAGAACUGGAUGUCUAUGUUGAAAUGGGCUACCACAAAAAAAGUUAUGGUAAUUACCAAGGAAGAGUAUUCUUGAAGAAAAGCACUGAAAAUGAUGCCUCUCUGGUAAUCUCAAAUUUAAUGCUGGAAGAUUAUGGGAAAUACAAAUGUGAAGUCAUUGAAGGUUUAGAAGAUAACUCAACUGUUAUAACUCUAGACUUGGAUGGCAUUGUAUUCCCUUACUUCCCACGACUGGGUCGCUAUAAUUUAAACUUCCAUGAAGCUCAGCAAGCCUGCCUCGACCAGGAUGCAGUUAUAGCUUCAUUUGACCAGUUAAACGAAGCAUGGAGGUCAGGACUGGACUGGUGCAAUGCGGGCUGGCUCAAUGAUGGGUCAGUGCAGUAUCCAAUUAGAGAUCCCAGAGAGCCUUGUGGUGGGAAGAACACAGUGCCUGGAAUCCGGAAUUACGGCUUCUCAAAUAAAGAACAAAACAGAUAUGAUGUCUUUUGUUUUACCUCUCACUUUACUGGCCGUUUUUAUUACCUAAUACACCCGACGAAGCUGACCUAUGAUGAAGCCGUGCAAGCCUGCAUCAAUGAUGGUGCACAGAUUGCUAAAGUAGGCCAAAUGUUUGCAGCCUGGAAACUCCUAGGAUAUGACCGCUGUGAUGCCGGCUGGCUGGCUGAUGGCAGUGUCCGAUAUCCCAUCUCAAAGCCAAGAAAACGCUGUAGCCCUAAUGAAGCAGCAGUACGUUUGGUGGGCUUUCCGGAUAAAAAACACAAGCUAUAUGGAGUCUACUGCUUCAGGUCAUACCAGUGAAAGGACCAAGAGCACAACAAUGUCCAGUUGAUCAAGAACAUGUGAAGAUUGUUUCAAUAAGAACUUAUACAAAUUGCCAAAACUGUGAUAAAUCUUCUUUUU